UUUAAAUGAUCAUCCCCUUUCCAAUUGCUUCUGAUCAGAUAAAAAUUUAUUACCAAAAUCUCUACUUGUUCAGAUUUCAAUGGCGUCAGUGGAAGGAACCCUAAUAGUGAAGCACCUGGCUGAAGAAGCAAAGCAGCGGCAGGAGGAGGAGAAGGAGAAGCCAGGAGAGUCGAAAUCUGAAGAAGAAGUAGAAGAAGACGAAGAAGAUGGGGAAAAGGAAAAGGAGGAGAAUCUAGAAGAAGAAUCUGAUGGGAGUGUUGCGUCAAAAUCUGAAGAUGAUGAAAAGGGGGCAGAAAAGAAAGGUGCCGACAAAAUCCAAUCAUCCCCAGUAACACCCGGUGCGAGUUUGAGGCCUACUAGGGAGAGGAAGACAGUCGAUCGUUUCUAUGCAACUCCUACAUCAAGACCUUCUGACACCAAAUCGCUUUCCAUUCAGAAGGGCCAAGGAGUGCAGCUUAAGGACAUCCCAAAUGUGGCUUAUAAGUUGUCCAAGAGGAAACCCGAUGAGAACCUACAGAUACUCCAUAGCAUUCUUUAUGGGAAGAAAACAAAGGCUUAUAAUUUGAAGAAAAAUAUAGGUCAAUUUUCUGGAUAUUUGUGGGAUGAAAAUGAGCAUGAAAAGCAGAGAGGAAAGAUCCAAGAUAAGUUUGGCAAGUGUGUGAAAGAAAAGUUGCUGGAUUUUUGUGAUGUCCUCAAUCUUCCAGUCAAAUCAGUUACAAAGAAGGAAGAGCUUUGUUUGAGGUUGUUAGAGUUUUUGGAAUCUCCCCAUGCUACCACAGAUCUGUUGCUUGCUGAAAAGAAAAAGAAAAGCAAAAAGCAGAAGAGCAAGACAACAAAACUCAAAAGCUCAGUAGAUAGAACUGCACCAUCUAAGAAGCGCAAGGUGUCAUCAGAAUGGAAUGAAGAAGCUGAUAAUACCGGGGAUGAAUCUCAGGAGGAUGAUCAAAAUGAUGAAGAUGCAGAUGAUCAAAGUGUUUUGGAGGGGACUGAUUCUGAGGACAGGGAGCAAGAGGAGGCAGAGAAAUCCGAGGAAGAACAAAAUGAAAAAAUCUCUUCAAAGAAAGAUUCUGAAACUAAAAUUGGGGAUAAGGUUGCUGGGAAGGAUACCCCUGUAACAUCUUCCAAAAGUUCCAAGGUAGUGAGUGCUAAGAGGCAAAAAGUUGGAAAGGACAAAAGUAUAUCUGUAAAGGAUAAGGCUUCUAGCACGAAGUUGUCAAAAGAGGAUGGGAAACCAAGAAAUGUUAAGGCUGACUUAGAGCCUAGCAAAGAAGCGAUAUUCACUGCUGCUGUAAACAUUCUGAAGAAUGUAGAUUUUAAUACUGCAACUCUAUCAGAUAUCUUCCGGCAGCUAGGAUCCCAUUUUGGAGUAGAUUUAAUGCACAAAAAAGCAGAGGUGAAGGCUAUAGUUACAGAUGCAAUAAACAAUAUGAGUGAUGAUGAAGAUGAGGCUGGAGAUAUCGAAAGUGAAGAUUAAGUUAAUCCAUCAGUGGAAACAUUCUGAGCUGUAAUAUGUUGGCAAGAACUUAAAUUGCCCCAUUUUGCCGCCAUCGACUCAAGAAAUUUGAUACGUGUACACCUAUAAGUAGUGUUAAAAUUUAUAUAUGUAUCCUUUAAGGGCCUGCUUAUCCGUUAUCAUUAAUAGUGUGAAUAUAAUUCCUUAGGUCUCAAGGCGGGUUGAAGCCUGCGGACCAAUUCUAAAUUGUUUUGUAGUAAGACAAGUUAGGGCUUAAAAAUUUUGAGGGUGGAGAGAAUUCAGAUCAAACGGUGGGAAAUCAAAGAAGAGGGGCAAAGACGCGAGAGGAAUUUUGUAAUUUUGUUGACCAUGUAUGUUUUGGUGGUGCAUAAGUGUUGGUGUAGGGUGUACUUAUAGUUUUGUGGUGCAUUAUGUGAUGCUCUGUGGCGUACCACCAAGUGGAUGACAAUCAAUCAAAAUGAAAAAAAUGUAAUGGUAUUUUUGUAAAAUUUUGUGCAUCAUGUA